AUGAGUUCUGGCGACUUCGUGCUGGACCUCCGCUACGCUGACUGUGAGGACCACCUAAAGAUGAACGGGUACUAUGUUCACUCACCAGUAAGUCACGAAUGCAUCAACAACAAGGAUCGAAGCAGGAGCUUCGGCACCGACUGCAACGACAGCGAUGUUGUGGAAACCAGAGCGACCAUCGGCGGUGACGGUGCGGCGCAGCAGCGUUACUCGCACCCUGACGCUCUUCUCCCGCCAUUCCAUAAGCCGCUGGUGGAGGACGACGUCGAGGACGAUGACCGCAGCAGUGACGACAGCGACGACAGGGUCGCCACAGCAGCGCUGGAGCAUUUUCUUAUGGGGAGCGCAAGCGGUCUCAUGGACUACGCAGCCCUGGAAACAAACGGCGCGGCGAACAACUGUAGCCUGAACAGCUCGCCUCCGUCAUCCACUACAACCACAGAUGACAGUGAGGGCAGUUUUCCAUGCGUCGACGAGGAGGUACUUGGCGAUUUGGGUGACGUCAUCGGAUACGGCGGCGACCGCGGCUCCUUUGUGUGUUGCGUGCCACUCCCGCCACUGUCGCGCAUGUGGACACAGCCCCCAAGCUUCGCCCGGGAACCGACAUUCCCGGAAGGCCUGCGCUGCUCAGAAGUGAAGAAGGCUUACAAGAAGUAUCCAACUCACAUCUCCAAGGACGAGCUCUCGUUUGUGUCAACGGCGUACCGGUGCACCCGCCACCGCGAGCGUUGCCAGAGCAGCAGCAGCCCCUUUUUGACGCCGGAGGAGGUCCGCUACGCUGCUUUGCACCUGGUUUUACCCGACGCGGUCGUGUUAGCACGUGGCGAACAGGUCGGGCUGCUGAUGCCGCUCUACAACUGCAGCCUCAAGGAGUAUCUGCAGAGCCUAGCAAAUCCCACAUCUUCACCGGCCGCUGCCUCAACCAUGCCGACUUCGCUGACCGUGUCGCACAACGCGAACCUGCACGCCGAGGACGCCGACAGCAGCACUGGACUCUGCAAUCCACACAGCAGCACGUUUCGCUUCACUGCAACCUAUCGACCAAUCCAGUCUAUUCCAGUGAUCUCCGCAAUCGUCUUUCAAAUGCUCGAGGCGGUGGCCUUUCUCAAUCACCGCCUCCCUCACGGCGACGGCUCCACUGGGUACACCCAUAACGACCUCCACCUGGACAACAUUCUGCUCUCCUACGACGGCGAUGUGGCCCUCUGCGACUUUGAGCUUGUCGCAUCCACGCCCACACCGUCGCGCAGCAUGGAUGUCCGCCGUUUACCGCCCUCCUCGCGACAGUCGCCGCACGGUCUUUUCAGCGAAACGGCCGACACGUGGGCCUUUGGGCUGAUGGUGGUGAGUCUGCUCACGGGUGUGGACCCGCUGUUCACCUCAGACAUUGUGAACGAUUUCAGCGAUGGCCCGCUGCUCUUUCGCUGGGACCGCGGCACGCGGGUGCUGGACUGGGAGGCCAACAUCAAGGCACACGUAGAGCUCCUGCUUCGACGGCAGGACUCCACGGGGAAGCGGCUGGAGGAGGCGCGCCACCUCCUGCAACUGUGUGGCAAAUGCUUGGUCAACCGCGAAGGUGCCGAGCCGCUGUGUGCCGUGUCCCUGCUCGAGGAAGCGAUGUUCCUCCCUUACCGUCGCGACUUCAGCCUCGCCACACGUACCGUGAAGGAGUGGAUCAGCGGCACGUGCCGGGUGUAA